GCAGCUCGCACGCCGGACGCCGCCAUGCCCGGGGACCACCGCCGCAUCCGCGGGCCCGAGGAGUCGCAGCCGCCGCAGCUGUACGCAGCCGACGAGGACGAGGCACCCGACGCCCGCGACCCCACUCGGCUGCGGCCCGUGUACGCGCGCGCCGGGCUGCUGAGCCAGGCCAAGGGUUCGGCCUACCUGGAGGCGGGAGGCACUAAGGUCCUGUGCGCCGUGUCCGGCCCGCGCCAGGCGGAGGGCGGCGAGCGCGGCGGCGGCCCGGCGGGAGCGGGAGGCGAGACCCCGGCCGCGCUGCGGGGACGCCUGCUCUGUGACUUCCGCCGCGCGCCCUUCGCGGGCCGCCGGCGCCGCGCGCCCCAGGGCGGCGGCGAGGAGCGCGAGCUGGCGCUGGCCCUGCAGGAGGCUCUUGAGCCGGCCGUGCGCCUGGGCCGCUACCCGCGCGCGCAGCUCGAAGUGUCAGCUCUGCUGCUGGAGGACGGUGGCUCGGCCCUGGCCGCUGCGCUCACGGCCGCCGCGCUCGCCCUGGCCGACGCGGGCAUUGAGAUGUACGACCUGGUGGUGGGCUGCGGCCUAAGCCGCGCUCCUGGGCCCGCGCCCACCUGGCUGCUGGACCCCACGCGGCUCGAGGAGGAGCACGCCGCCGCCGGUCUCACUGUGGCGCUCAUGCCUGUGCUUAAUCAGGUGGCUGGGUUGCUGGGCAGUGGGGAAGGGGGUCCGACCGAGAGCUGGGUCGAGGCCGUGCGCAUGGGUCUCGAGGGCUGCCAGCGCCUCUACCCUGUACUGCAGCAGUGCCUGGUGCGGGCUGCCCGUCGGAGGGGCGCCGCUGCCCCGCCUUGAACCAGAAGCCAGAGGGAUGACAGAUGCCCAGGCCUGUGCUGCUCCUGCCGCCCCUUGAAAGGACCUGCACCAUUGGCUUCCAGACCUCACUGCCCUGAGAACUCAAGAGCCUAGAGAGGGUCUCCCUCCAGCGUCUCGCUGUUCUCCCUCCAGGACGGUAGGGGGUGCACACAGAACAGAUGCACUGGGCAGCUGUGUUGGAACAAUUUUUUACAAACUGUUCUGUUAAAGACACAUUUCUACUUGAGCUGGAUCCUAGCCCCGACGCAACUUGAAAAGGAUUUCAGCUGGACUUACGUGGAAAACGGGACCAGAAGCUCUCUGACUCCCAAGUUGGAAAGGACUUAAGCUGGGCUUACCUGGAAAAUGGGACCUGAAGCUAGUAACUGUUUUGUAAAGGAUGGAUCCCAUCCAAGCCAGCCUGUGACUCCCACUUAUGUAACUGGGCUGUUUUUGAGAGAACGGACAA